UAACACCAUCAUAAACACACCCAAUCAAUCUCAUCGUGCUUGCUUUGUUUUGAGCUUAUUUUAUCUUUCCUCUUGCUUAUAAUUUAGAUUCUGAUCUUUCACAUGUAAGAGUUUAUAAUUGCAUGUAAUUUUGAAAACGAUAACUGAUUUGCAUGGGUUGGUAUCUGAGACUUUUUAACAUUUCACUAUCGUUCUAGCCAAUUCAUUUCAUUCCUAUUUGUUCCGUUUUUAAUUUUUCCGAAAUUUGAAGAAAGCCACCAAGUUGAUGAAAAUGUUGAUGCGUGGAAUAUAUGUAUGUCUACAGUGCUCGCAGCUCCUCGUUGUCUCGAGGGGAGGAAGUCAUCAACGUCAAGCCUCGUGAGCGACGCCCAAGCGGUGGCUUUUCAUACAAAGCGCCACUUCUUCGCAUCGGUGUCUCGCUACCUCGCGGGUUCAGUCGCAAAUCUAAGAGCAUGGCACCUCUUAAUAUUGAAGAAAAUAAACAGAAGUCGAAAAAUGAGAAAAAUGUAAUGAAAGAUCAUGGCGAUUCGGAAAUAUUUUUUGACGACGUGAUCAACUUUAACUCAUCUGUGAAAAAAGUUGACAUUUCGCCCCAGCCCAAAGAAGUUAACAGACUAAGACCGAAAAGUUUGACCCCACUGUUACCCCUGAAGAGGUCAAAUAAAAGCAAGAAAGAGGUCAUUUCAGAAUUGGCCAAUGAAAGUAUUAACAGAUUAGAAACCGGAAGUCUACCAUCUUCAGUUAAGAACAGUCCUUGUUUGAAGAAGAAAAAAGGCUACUUGAGAACUAACUCGCACGUUCAUUUUGGAUCCGAGGAGCAAUUGGAAGAAAGAGAAAGCGAUCAUAAGAUGCCGAUGUACAGUCGCACGAACAGUAGCGGAGCGGGAAGUAGCGGCAGCUACGACAGCGUGCUUUCAGAUGCGAAAGGAGCUAUCUUUACGGGAGCUAUGCUUAACGAUAUGUACAGAAAUCGGUAACAAGACUGUGAAAUGAGUCUCAGAACUAACAUUAAGAUUGGUUCAAAAAUUUAAAUCUGUCCUUGAAGUUGAUCGCUGUCUGACCGUCAUUUUAAUCUCUCUAUCGCUUAUUUGGAUCUGUUCCUGUUUAAUCAUAUAUUGCUAUUUUUAUUCAAAUAUAGCUUAGCUUAAGUUCUUGAAUUCAUUCCAGGUUAAGCAAUUAAUUAAUGGUAAAGUAUUUAGCUAGCAAUGAUGAAACAUGGUAGAAAAUAAAAUACAUGUCUAAGAUUUUUUGACUAA